UCCCACAUACUCCUUGACAGCUCCACAACACAGCGCUCGCCGGAGCGGGUCUCACCUGCCCGCCCUUUGACUGUUCCGCGCGGAGUUCACCUGUUUAUUUUUUUUGAAUGAGACCCGGAGGAGACAUGGCUUCUCAGGAGACCUUUAACGACUCGGGGAGCAGCUCGUCCGAGGAGGACAGCAGCCGUGCGGACUUGGCAGAUGUGACGGCGGAGGAGAAGACAUCUCCGGUGGUGCGUCGGCAUCAUCAUCCUUUCAGCGUGGAGGCGCUCAUGUCCGGGAGGAAGACGGGCGGCCGCGGCGGAGAGUCCAUCCGCUGUAAACCCGAGGGAGGCUCCGUGGUGGCGUCUCCUGCAGGUUUAAACUCCCUGUAUCUGUACCGAGAGACGUGUAGUCCUCCCGGGGGAAGCCGAAAGGCUCUGUCUGCAUCGCCGGUAAAAUCCGAGGCUUCAGAGUCAGAGGAGUGCGCACCAUGGGUCACCAACAGCGCGUAUGGCAUACAGCCGCCGCGUCAUGUCAGUCCUGGCUGUCCACUGAGGAAACACAAGACCAACCGAAAGCCCCGCACUCCCUUCACCACGUCUCAGCUCCUGGCCCUGGAGAGGAAGUUCAGACAGAAGCAGUACCUGUCCAUCGCAGAGCGGGCCGAGUUCUCCUCCUCUUUGACCCUGACAGAGACCCAGGUGAAGAUCUGGUUCCAGAACCGCCGCGCAAAAGCCAAGAGGCUCCAGGAGGCCGAGCUGGAGAAACUCAAGAUGGCCGCAGAUGCCAAGACGGCUGCGGUGGCGGCUGCGGCCGCAGGAGGUUUACACCCUGGCUUUACGUUACCGCUGUCGCUGGGCGCCAUGUCACUGUAUGGACAGUCGUACUCUGCCUAUCACCACCACCACAGACCCAUACUGCCCAUCUCACCUUUAGGACUGUACGCUGCUCCUCUGGGCUACAGCAUGUACCACUUAUCAUAAACAUGGAAAUAUCACUGACUUUGGUGACAUGUUCCAAAGGAUUCCCAAAAAUGGACACAGAGGACGUGUGGCUGACAUUUAGAGAAUCAAUGUUUAUAAUAUAUCAACUGCACAAGGAGUGUUUGAAUCAACUUCCCAAGCUCUUCAAGUCAAAUAAGAAUCUAUUUUUUCCAACAGCGAGGAUAAAAAAAACCUUAAAUGUCUUCUUGCCCCUUUGGACUGCUUGUUUACAUGACCUAUCUAUAUGAGGAGGGGCGUUACUGUCCAGCUGUUUAUACUCUUCACAUGUUUACUUUUGCAAUAAUUGAGCUGGGCGAAGACUUGCACUGGGCACAAUAAUACAGUUAAACUUUUCACUUAAGCCUUUCUCUUCAUUCAGUACAGUGCCUUGUGUUGGAAAGGGCCUUAAAGAGGAGACACUUUGUACGCUUGUAUGGAUGACGAGUGUUACAGCAACUCAGGCCAAAUAAAACAUAUCACUGAAGCAUUCAUUAAUUCCA